CGUCAGACCAUGGUGAACAAGAAGUAGCAAACAUUCAAGCUUUGCUAUUCACUUCCGGCUUUGCUUCGAUUGCGGGUGAUUGUGGGACCAGUGAACAGCAGCCCUCGAGCAAUCGCACAAACCUCUUAUAUUCGAACAUUGGAUCGAACCUCGACUUCUUCUAUACACACAUCAACGUUUCGGCCGCCGACUUCGACGCUCCACACUCAGCACUAGACUACAUAUAACACACUCUCGCCUCUCUUCUUCUUAUUACCGACAUCAUGGCGCCUAAGAAGAGGACCUACUCGAAUGUCUCCCAGAGCUCUGACGACGAGACCACCAACGUCUCGAGUAGAGCAGCACCAGGGCUAUCAUCUGGUGCCCUUUCCGCACCAGCAGCAGCUGCACCGCACAAUGGGCCCGCAGCUCCUCAAGCGGCACACGCAUUGCCAAUCACAACUCCGACGAGGCCGGCCGCCUCACCCCUGACGAAAAGCCAGCAGAAGCGUCUAGGGAUGAGCAAUUUCAGCAACCCCGAAGGCGGACCGACUGCUAGGGGCUCCAGCUACGGUUACGAAAAUCGUAUGCCAAUCGACGGGCACCCUGACUUCCUAAACCCGGUGCAGCGCGCAGAGGUGGAGCGGCGCAGAGCAGCGGAAUCAAUGGCAUCGGCUUCACAACAGCCAGGAAUGUCGAGUACAAGUACGUUCAAUGUACCAAAUACUCCAACGCCUCACCAGCAAGGCACUCGAGUGCAGAACCCACUCACGCAGACACCUUCGAGUCAGCCGUACUCGAACGUUUUCCACAACCAACCACCAGCUAUCGGUCAAUAUGGCGCAACGUCCUUGCCAAGACCUACGGUCGGUGAUCCAUCUGGCGCUUUCCAGCCCAGCCCUCUGCCUCGCUCAGGCUUGUAUGGCAACCACAAUGCGGGUAUUCGUCCUGCUGGGUCAUCAGCCCCGACAUGGCGCGGCUCGAGCUACGCAAACUCAGACACGCAUGACGGCAGUGAUGCUGCAUCUCGGGCGCCUUCUCGUGCGGCUGGGUUGGCAGCGCUCUCGAACAUUCCUGGCGAUCCUGCCUAUAACCCGCCUGCAGUACCGAGCAUCCGGGGCGGCGCAUACUGGACCUCCAACGCUGCGACUGGUGCUCGAGACGACCCUUUCACCUCUGCACACACCAUGUCUUCAAACUGGCCAGAGGUUGCUGGUUCACAGCAGCAAACUGGCAGCACUGGCUCGCUCUACAAUCAGCAGCCUGCACUCCAACAGCCUUGGCAUGCUCAGAGCUAUCAAGCAGGCACCCGCUUGCCGGGCAUCGAGAGGCAAGGUCGUGGAGACGCGGGCUUCCGUGGUGCAACGACAGCUCGGGCUGAUGAUGUACCGCAACAUCUCCUGCGUCCUUCGAACCAGCACGAUGGCUUCGAGCCCCCGUUCGCGCCCACGAGCCGCACGAACGAUCCCAUUGCCGACCGUCAUCCUCAUACCGAGCCACACGUGCCGUCAGACCUCAACCAAGAAUUUGACUGGCGUGUGUCUCCCAAUCCCGAUUUGGACGACGUGGUAGCGCGAGCUUCCACGGCUGUGCCAGCCCGCGAUGCUCAUGCGCGCCCUGAAGAUGAUCCAUCAGAGGCGCAGCAAGAGCCUGAGAUGACGCAGGCCGAUGACUCUGCCGAUAGUCAAGCGCAGCAAGCUCAAUCAUUCAGCCCAAUCAACACUGGAGCUGCGCCUUCUGGACAUGGAGACACGAGCGAUGUGGGCGCUGCUACGCAUGCGCAGGAGGCCUUCUCGGGAUAGUAUCUCGUCGAGUGCGUUCACUGCCAUGCGGAGUACGAAUUGGGCGAAGACCACGAAUGCACGCGGUCGGAGGAUUGAGUACGAGGUGCAAAGCAGAUGGGUGAGCGAGCAAAGCUGUUGUACGGGCAAGUGGUUCAGGGCUGAGUGGGUAAUGCACGGGUAGAACUGAUUGUACAGUGCAACGCCACAUUGAUGUCUCAAAAUUAGGAGGCAUCAAAAGCGCGCAUGGGGACGCAGACGUAUGGAAACAGCAGGUGUGGCAUGGCUUAGAGAUGGCAUAGGCGGCCGUAAAUGAAUG